CUUUCGUAUACAUUGACUAAUAUGCCCACGGUUCUAAGAAAAAACCAAGGUCAUAAAUGGAACUUAAAACAACCAAAACCAGUUAAAUACUAAACAGCCAUUUUUAUACUUGUUUUGGGGAAAAAUCAUGGGAUCGAGAUUCGAGGUGGAGGUGAAGAUAUCAUCAGCUAAGGAUUUGAAGAACGUCAAUUGGCGUUAUGGCCGUCUCAAGCCAUAUGCUGUUGUUUGGGUUGACCCGAAAGGAAAAUGCUCCACGAAAGUCGAUGAUAAUGGUGAUACUUCUCCUUCUUGGGAUGAGAAGCUUGUGAUUCCUUUGUAUGCUCCGAUCCAAGAGUCUACUCUGUAUAUAGACGUUGUUCACGCUAAUGCAACUGAGGGUACAAAGCCUCUGAUCGGUUCAGCUAAGCUUCCGCUCCGUGAUGUUGUUGAUACCGUCGGAAUCGGAAACAUGACGGAGCGUUCGCUUGAUUUGAAGCGUCCUUCUGGUCGCCCGCAUGGGAAGGUCAAAGUUGAGGUUACUGUUCGUGAUCCACACUAUCGUGCGCCGGAUCCGUAUUAUGCGCCUCCUUACGGUGUUCCUCCACCAGCUGGAUUAAGGGAUUACCCGGCUCCGCCGCCGCAGCCUUACGGCGGAUCAUACGGUGCUCCUGCCCCUGCUUCUGCUUUUGGAUCAUACGGUUCUCCUGCUCCUGCUCCUUCUCCCUACGCUGCUCCGCCGGCAGGUUAUCCGUACAACGCAGCUCCGGCUCCGGCUACGGGUUAUGGUCAACAACCAGGUUAUGGUGCCGCUCUUACUCCUGCGCCGGGUUAUGGUCAACAACCAAGUUACGGUGCUCCUCCUCCUGCGCCGUACGGGCAGCAAGGUAGUUACGGACAGCCUGGUUACGGGCAGCAGGGAAGUUACGGAUCGCAGGGUAGUUACGGGCAGCAGGGAAGCUACGGGUCGCAGCAAGCAGGGUAUGGGUACGAAGAUAAGAAGAAGGGGAAGUUCGGAGGAAUGGGGCUGGGAGCGGGAUUGGCUGUGGGUGCGGUUGCAGGUGCACUGGGUGGAUUAGCAAUAUCGGAAGGGAUUGAUCACAUAGAGGAUAACAUCGCCGAUAAGGCGGCGGAGAAGGUUGAGGAUGAUCUCGACGAUGGCGAUUAUGAUGACGAUGAUUACUAGAAAAAUUACCAACCAAUCCUUGAUCUACCUAACUUGGAUUCGCAUUUUCUAAGAGAUCCUCGUGUCAAAUUAUCCUAAAAGAUUUUAAUAAAAACAAGGUACUUCAAUGUCCAAGCAAAAACUAGUAAACUUUAUGCUUUUAAUUGUUGUUCGAUGUAAUACGUUUUUGGAGUAUUGAUCACAGAACAUGUAAUGGAUGCACGUUUUUGCUAUAA